AUGCCACCCAAAAAAGAUGAAAAAGGUAAGGGUCAACAAAAGCCUCGUCGCACUAGAUUCAUUGUAGAGGAGGUUCCUAACUCAGAUAUGUUCGUUCCUAUGCCACGCUCUACUCCACCGCCUAUGCAUCCUUCACCGCCUAUGCAUCCUACACCGCCUAUGCAUCCUACACCGCCCAUGUCUGGAUCUUUCACUGGAUUACUAUCCAUGCCCCCUGGAUCAGGUUUUUUUUGUCCUCCUGGAUACUCUUACCCCACAUAUAUUCCUAUGGAGACAGGUGGAUCUUCUAGCAUGCCAUUACCCAUGCAUAUGGGGACAGAUGGAUCUGGUAGCAUGCCAUUACCCAUGCAUAUGGAGACAGGUGGAUCUAGCAUGCCAUUACCCAUUCCUUCAGAGGAUGAUACUAGUGCUCCUGGAGAUACCAGUGCUCCUGGAGAUACCAGCGCUCCUGGAGAUACUAGUGCUAAGGAGCAAACGAAGAGGAAGCUUAUUUUGAAAAAAAAUACGACUCAAAAAAUUCAAUAUCAUGAGGGCAGAUUAAUCAUUUAUCCCGAUGCAGGAUCAAUUGUUCCCUCACAUCAGGCAGUAUCGAUCAUAACAAAUAUUAUAAAAGAGAAAUACACACAAUUCUGGCCGUCUUAUGGAGCUGUACAUGAAGAUGAUAGGGAAAAAUGGUUUCAGGCAUUUCAGGAGCAAUGUUGUUGGGAUGUUAGAGAUGAGGCCGCGAUUAAAGAAAACUUUCAUAUAAAAUGUGCUGCUCGAUUUUCUGAUACCAUGAGGAAUGUUAGACUUAAAUGGGAAGCAAAAGGGACACGUCCACGUUGGAUAGGACAAGAUAUAUUCCCAAAGCUUAUUGAUCAUUGGAAUUCUGAUAAGUUUAAGGAAAUAUCUGAGCAGGCAAAGAAAAAUAGAGCAUCUGAAGUUGGUGGCUGCAACUACGCAGCGGGAAGUAUUAGUGUGGCUGAAGUUGCGCGAAGGAUGCGUGAAGAAUUAGGCAGAACUCCACUUCUUAAUGAGCUCCACAUGGAGACUCAUCUCAAGAGAAAUGGAGAGUUUAUUGACGAGCGCGCAAAAAUCACUCAAGAGAAUUUUGAUAAAGAACUUGCCAUAAAGUUGUCAGAGUAUCCUGAAAUACCCGAACCACCACCGGAGUAUCCUGUUGACCCCAGUAUUGGUUUUCAGACUUGGUAUAAGGUUUCAGGUGGAAAGAAGAAAAAUGGGAGAGUGUAUUGUACUGGAGGGUAUUCCAAAAAUAUCAAGCGGCGUAGUAGAGAUUUCAAAAUGAGAUAUGCUGAUGGAGAAGGAUCAUCUACUCCACCUAUAUUAACUCCACCUAUAUUAACUCCACCUAUAUUAACCUCCGAAAUGCUUGAAACUGUGAGAAACUUGGCAAAUACUGAGGCAGCACAACAAGUUGCAGAGUAG